GUUACUGUGCAUGCGCAACCUCGGGAGUCCUUGGCUGGUUAGCUUGCUGUAGGUGACUGAACCUGGGAAGGGACACCAACAAGAUGCAGAGCUGGACUCAGUUAUACCGCUCUCUGGCCACGCGGAGCCACCAGCUUCCCUGCAAACUGCACGGAGCUACAACUGUAUCUGUCAGAACUUAUGCUGACAAAGCAGCAAUUGACGCAGACCUCACAGUUGUCGGCUCUGGACCAGGUGGUUACGUCGCUGCCAUCAAAGCAGCACAGCUCGGCUUCAAAACAGUAUGUGUGGAGAAGAAUCCUACACUAGGUGGAACCUGUCUGAAUGUCGGCUGCAUCCCCUCAAAGGCUCUGUUGAACAACUCCUAUUUUUACCACUUGGCUCAUGGCAAGGACUUUGAAAGCAGAGGCAUUGAAAUCUCAGGCAUCUCGUUGAACCUGGAGAAGAUGAUGGCUCAGAAGAGCGGUGCGGUCAAAGCACUAACGGGAGGAAUCGCACAUCUAUUCAAACAGAACAAAGUGACCCAUGUUAAUGGUUUUGGGAGGGUGACGGGUAAGAACCAGGUGACGGCCACAGCAGAAGACGGCAGCGAGCAGGUCAUCAACAGCAAGAACAUCCUCCUUGCCACUGGCUCCGAGGUCACACCCUUCCCUGGAAUCCAGAUUGAUGAGGACACCAUCGUAUCAUCAACGGGAGCUCUGUCUCUGCCAAAAGUGCCAGGGGAGAUGAUUGUGAUUGGAGCUGGAGUCAUUGGAGUGGAGCUGGGGUCAGUGUGGCAGCGUCUGGGCUCCAAGGUCACGGCGGUGGAAUUCCUGGGCCACGUUGGCGGCAUGGGCAUCGACAUGGAGAUCUCCAAGAACUUCCAGCGUAUCUUACAGAAGCAGGGCCUCAAGUUCAAGCUCGGCACCAAAGUCAUGGGAGCCACCAAAAGGCCGGACGGCAAAAUCGAUGUGGCGGUGGAGGCAGCAGCUGGAGGGAAGAAUGAAACACUGACCUGCGACGUGCUGCUGGUGUGUAUCGGCAGACGACCAUUCACCCAGAACCUCGGUCUGGAUUCCGUUGGCAUCGAGCUGGACAACAGGGGGCGCGUCCCUGUCAACAACCGCUUCCAAACCAAAGUACCCAGUAUUUAUGCAAUUGGGGAUGUGGUAGCCGGGCCGAUGUUGGCCCACAAAGCUGAGGACGAGGGCAUCAUCUGUGUUGAGGGCAUAGCCGGUGGUGCCGUGCACAUUGACUAUAACUGUGUUCCCUCCGUCAUCUACACUCACCCAGAGGUGGCCUGGGUGGGCAAGACAGAGGAGCAGCUCAAAGAGGAGGGCGUCCCAUACAAAGUCGGCAAGUUCCCCUUUGCAGCCAACAGCCGAGCUAAAACCAAUGCCGACACCGACGGCCUGGUGAAGAUCCUCGGCCACAAGGAGACAGACAGAAUGUUGGGAGCGCACAUCCUUGGAUCUGGGGCAGGAGAGAUGAUCAAUGAAGCUGCUCUGGCCAUGGAAUACGGCGCCUCCUGUGAGGAUAUCGCCAGAGUCUGCCACGCACAUCCCACGGUGUCGGAAGCCUUCAGAGAAGCAAACCUGGCUGCUUCCUUUGGCAAAGCCAUCAACUUCUGAUCCGCCUGCCGCUGUCGCACCUUCAGUGUACAUAACGGAGGAGAAAUGGGAAGCUGUGUUUGCGUCCCGAUCUUCAUCCAGCCCUUUGGGAUCCUCUGUGCUCUCCAACACUUAACCAUAUUUAGAUUUUUAUGUUAUUUAAAUGUUCUCGGCAAAACAAUAAAGGGGGAAUUGGGCAGUAAACAAACA